ACACCCUAGGCAGGGCAGGCAGCUACUCCACGCUCCCAUUUUACCCAUUUUCUCUUCUACUGUUCAGUAUUUCUGUCUUUCCCCAAAUUAAACAAUUUUGGCUGUGAAACAUUUCGCCGUCGCCGGGAAACUGCAUCAAUGGCCGCCGGGCGUUUGAGAUCGGGCAUCCCUCUUCUCCGUAAGAUCCUCGCUGCCGAUUCUAUUUCAUCUUCCUCCUCCGCGCAGAGAUCCACUUCUCUCCAGCGUGCCUUCCUCGCCCCUACCGCCACCAAUACCGAGUUUGCAAGGAGUUAUGCUGCCGCAGCUGCUCCCAAGGAGGAAAAAAUCAAGGUACCUGUAACUUUGUUCGGGCUUUCUGGAAACUAUGCCUCUGCUCUGUACAUUGCAGCUGUAAAAGCUAAGGCCUUAGAGAAGGUGGAAUCAGAGUUCUUGGACCUUGUUGAGGCUUCGAGAAGUAGUCCGAAAUUUUCUCAGUUCAUGAAGGACUUGUCAGUUCCCACAGAUAUUAGAGUCAAGGCGUUGACUGAAAUUGCUUCUCAGGCCAAUUUCUCUGAAAUAACAAAGAACUUCUUAGUUGUUUUGGCUGAAAAUGGGAGGCUGGCACAAAUUGAAAACAUCGCAAGGAGAUUUAAAGAGAUCACCAUGGCGCACAAGGGCGAAGUCAAAGCUAUUGUGACAACUGUUAUCCCCCUUCCACCAGCAGAGGAGAAAGAACUGAGAGAGACUCUGCAGGAGGUUAUUGGAGAAGGAAAGAAGGUCCACAUUGAACAGAAGAUUGAUCCAAGCAUUCUUGGUGGGCUCGUCGUUGAGUUCAGCCAAAAGGUUUUUGACAUGUCCAUAAAAACCAGGGCACGCCAGAUGGAGAGGUUCUUGCGGGAACCUAUUCACAGCACCUAAAACUGUUUGAAACACCUGAUGAUAGCUGCACUUUGAAUUGUUGGUUAUAUUUCUUUCCCCAUCUAAUUUGUUCUCGAAUUUUAACUUGAAAGGAAAGCAGAAAGACAGGAUUUUCAAUUCCAUGGCUUUCCUUGUUCCUUUUACGAAUUCAGUUGCAAAUAAAUGUACUACAUUUUGAAAAGAUUCAUGGGGUUGUUUCAUUCUCAGCUUCAUUUUGUAUGAACAAUAUAAAAAGAAUAGGAUUAUGUUGGAAAAAUGAAAAAGUUACGUAGAUGCUGGCAAUUCUUAUCUGUUGGGGGAUUUUUUUCCAUCUGUUUUUUGUGUGUUUGGUUGCCUCAACAUUGAAAGGGAUUGCUCAACUUGUACGCACAGCAAGUUAGGGUUCUUUUUGGGGGGAUAUUGCUGCUUUGUUGAGAAUGUCCCGGAAAUAUGUUAGCUUCUAGUGUUACGUGAGAAUGUUCUAACAACAUAUAUGCAUAUUUUUAUAUGGGCGCCAUUGGAUUUAUGUUGAUUGGGUGAGAAGAAUUUUGUAUCUACCAAAGUUUAUUAUGGGAAUUGAGGUUGAUAUCAAUGAUACAUGUUUAACGAGAUGAAAGAGGACUGCGGGAGUGUUUUCCACGGGAUGUUUAAGAAAAAGAAAAUCUGCAUGAUGAGAGGUAGGGAAGAUUAGGUAAAUUGAAAGGAAACCCAAGAAAUUGAAAGCUUAACGACCGGAGAAGGAUAUUUGUUAGAUGCAUUCUGCAGCAAACUACGUUCCCAAAACAGAAUUUCUUUCUGUCUAUUUUUCGCCUUUCUUUGAUUUGAGAUUUUCGGGUGACACAUUUGGUAUCUCAAUUUUUUUUGUUUUUUUUAGUAGCUCAUAUUAUUUAAACUAAUUUCUACUUGAUUCGGGUAAUAAAAGUUUCAGGA